CAACGAGAUGGAAAGCGCAAAUAACAGCACAUACCCAGACGUCCUAGACUGGAACAAUCAGACGACAACAGAAUUGUCUGAAGUUGCAUUAAGCUAUCAAAUUGUCACGUCGUUGCUCCUUGGUCUUCUAAUUGUAUGUUCUAUAUUUGGUAAUUCGUGUGUAGUCGCCGCAAUUGCCUUAGAGAGGUCCCUUCAGAAUGUGGCAAACUACCUGAUCGGGUCUUUGGCCGUUACAGACCUAAUGGUGUCUGUGUUGGUUCUACCCAUGGCAGCUUUGUACCAGGUUUUGAACAAAUGGACUCUCGGGCAAGAAAUGUGUGACAUUUUCAUUUCUCUGGAUGUGUUGUGCUGCACCUCAUCCAUUCUGCAUCUGUGCGCCAUAGCCCUGGACAGGUACUGGGCUAUCACGGAUCCAAUAGACUACGUGAAUAAAAGGACUCCACGUCGAGCUGUAAUCCUGAUCUGUCUGACGUGGCUGAUUGGGUUUUUAAUUUCAAUACCACCUAUGCUGGGAUGGAGAACGGCCGAGGAUCGGGCGAACCCUGAUGCGUGUACGAUCAGCCAAGACCCGGGAUACACCAUCUAUUCAACUUUUGGCGCGUUUUACAUACCGCUCAUCCUCAUGUUGGUUCUUUACGGGAAGAUAUUUAAAGCAGCCAGAUUCCGAAUAAGGAAAACAUUCAAGAAAUCUGAAAAGGGGAAAGUAAAAGCAAAGUAUUUUUCCGUGUCACCUGUCAUCUUUCACCGCCAGACUACUGAAGUGACUUAUAAUAACUGGAAGCAGAGUAUGGAGACGCCGGGAGGCUUGUGCGUAAAUGGCGCCAGAAUCAGUGGGGAGAGCAACCCGGAGUCGCCGGAGAUGGGUCAAAACAAUUCCAAAUGUCAUCUGCCGCUUCCGAAUACGCCACAGUCGGCUCCGGAUUCCGAAAGACGGAAUGCAAAGAACAUUGAAGCCAAAAAGAAAAUGGCUUUGGCGAGGGAACGCAAAACUGUGAAAACUCUUGGGAUAAUUAUGGGAACCUUCAUCUUGUGUUGGUUGCCAUUUUUCAUUGUAGCUUUAGUUUUGCCAUUCUGUAAAUUUAGUUGCUUUAUGCCAGAUUGGCUGGGAGCAGUGAUCAACUGGCUGGGGUACUCCAACUCUCUCUUAAAUCCGAUCAUUUACGCCUAUUUCAACAGAGACUUUCAGAAUGCAUUCAAGAAAAUUCUGAAAUGCAGAAAAUAGAGACCGAUCAUUUGUUAGAGUCGAAGCUCAUCUUUGGCAUUGUCACGUCCAUCAAUAAUGUAUCUCUGACCUGAGCAGGUUUACCCAAUGUCACGACUGUGGAUUAGACCGGGAGGUCGACCUAAUGAGACUGCAGUGUGGUUCUGUGUAGAGACAAGUCGAUACGCAUUUCUUUCUAAUUCACUAUUCAUGAAUAUACUUAAAUGGCUAGUCUUUGUCGUAAGAAUAACAUCUACUAUAUGACAUACAGUACUUAAAUAAAUAAAUCUGACUUCCAAUUGUUAUUU